AUCACCAACUGAACUUGAGGUCUCCACAAGCAGUCAUCAUAAUGGAGAGACCGUCGACUCCGCCAGCUACAGCGGCGCAAAAUGGCCAGCUUUUACGCGACCCUAUUACGCCAGAGCAACAGCGGCGAAUAGAAAUAAACCGGAUGAAAGCUAAGGCUAUACGUGAGCAACAAGAAGCAGAAGAAGUAGCAGCUCGCCAGUCAGCGCCGUCUAAAUUGUCCGGUGUAAAACGAUCAUUCAAUACCAUGACAUCAACUCAAGGGCCUUCAACUCUUCGUGAUGCGGCCAACAAUCGACCUCUCGAAAGUAUAAAGCCAGCGCGCGCGUUCUCUAAAUAUGUCGAAUAUGAGUUUAGUAAGAUGACCGAUACGAAGGGUGGUUUCUUAACGCAAGAGGAUGAUCCAUAUAACAAAGCACUGCAUGUGAGCGAUGGAAAGGAGCAGAAACCGGCGAAUAUGACGCAGAAGGAAUGGGAGAGGAAGCUUCUCCUAGAUGACUUAAGAAGAAACAAAGCCGGUCCUUUUGAACCUGGUUUGAGUGUUCUCGAUGAGAAGGCUAGCCAAAGGGCGUGUAGAGAGUGUGGCAGCCUCGAGAUUGACUGGAAAUGGGAGGAAGCCUUCAAGUGCUACGUGUGCAACACAUGCAAAGACAAGUAUCCUGAAAAGUACAGCAUGUUGACAAAGACUGAGGCGAAGGAGGACUAUCUGCUAACGGAUCCGGAACUUCGCGACGAGGAGCUAUUACCGCAUCUUAAGAAACCUAAUCCUCACAAAUCUACAUGGAAUGACAUGAUGCUCUAUCUACGAUUUCAAGUCGAGGAGUAUGCAUUCUCACCUAAAAAGUGGGGAUCGCCAGAGGCUCUUGAUGCAGAGUUUGAGAGGAGAGAAGCAGAAAAGAAACGCCGGAGAGAAGUCAAGUUUAAGCAGAAGUUGACCGAUCUGAAGAAACGUACUCGAGUCGAGGCCUAUCGUCGCAAUAAACAGGGCCCUGCUGGUGGAAAUUUCGGCGAUGAUCUUGGAGGUAAGAAGAAACAUGUGCAUGAAUGGGGUCGACAAGUAGAAAAUCCAGAGACAGGCAUGACUGUGAAGACAUGUGUCGAGUGUGGAAUGGAGGUUGAGGAAUUAGAGCUAUGA